CUGGCGUUGUUUCCUCCCGCCUCUUCCGGGCAGGUAGGGUGUAUGACGUCAGUCUUUGACAGGUGAGGCGGCAGUUGCCGUCCUGUGAGGGAAAUCGGGCGGAAAGAUGGCUGUAGGUGGGCGGCUGGAACCUGGACCGGGACGCGCAAAGUGGGCCUCCCCACUCGUGGCUUUUUACAUCUCCGCCUCUUUUCUCAUUCGUGGCGCACAGACAGUCCCGGAGCCGGGUUUCUGGAGCCGGACGGUGGGGCCGAACCAUAAGCCACUUCUGUUUACAAAAACAAUGUUUAACAAAACAGAUAUUGUACUUGAAGUUGUUUCAUUCAAAUGUCCUGAGAAUGUAUCAUUAACAGUUGAAUGGUACCUUAGGUAUUACCCUUGUCACAAUGAAUUUAAUAACAUCAAAGAAAUAUAUGACAUAUAUUUUAGCAGUGGUAUUCGUAAUAGUCUUGAACCUCACCCAUUAAGUCAAGGGCAAUACAUUGCACACAAGACUGAAAAUAUUGUCUGCAAUGACAAAAUUCAAGUCUUCCCAAAAUUUAAUAUGAGCCAUGAUCUUCCAAAACCAGUGGUGGUACAGACGCCAAAUAUAAAUAUGACUGGAAGCAACUCUGAUGUCAAGAUCACUGAUCACGUCCAUGCGUCUGAAGAAGACAAGACUCUUCAUUCAAUACGAAAAAGAGACCUCUCAAUUAAAAAGCGUGAUGUUAUAGCGCAAACCUGGAGAGAUGGCCCAUAUCUUUUUAUUGUCUCAAUCAAAUCUCUUGGUGAAAGAAUUGAAAGCAACUGGAAUUUAACAGUGCGAGUGUUAAUGCAAGGUUCACAUGGAUAUAUCUCAGCAACUGAAUUUCCACUGAUGGUUUUUUAUAUGGUGAUGUGCAUCCUAUACAUAAUUUAUGGCAUCUUGUGGUUGUUCUGGUCUGCGUGUUACUGGAAAGACUUAUUGAGAAUCCAGUUUUGGAUAGCUGGAGUUAUUUUUCUUGGGAUGCUGGAAAAAGCUGUUUUCUAUGCAGAAUAUCAGAACACUAAUACCCGUGGGGUAUCUGUGCAAGGUCUUCUAAUUUUUGCGGAGCUUAUUUCUGCAAUGAAAAGGACAUUGGCUCGGCUCCUUGUGAUUAUUGUAAGCUUGGGAUAUGGAAUAGUUAAACCUCGAUUGGGCACAGUAAUGCACAGAGUAAUUGGUUUGGGAGCACUGUACCUGGUUUUUGCAGCUGUCGAAGGAGUCUUGAGAAUUACAGGGGGAAAGAAAUCUGGUUUUGAGCUUUUGUCCAAUAUCCCAUUGGCUUUGCUUGAUUCUGGCUUGUGCUGGUGGAUAUUUGUCAGUUUAGCUCAAACAAUUAGGACUCUAAAAUUAAGGAAAAAUACAGUGAAGCUGUCGCUCUACAGACAUUUUACUAAUAUGUUGAUUUUGGCAAUAGUAGCGUCAGUUGGGUUUAUGGUAUGGACAACCAAAAAAUUCAGAUUAACAGCAUGUCAGUCAGAUUGGAUGGAACUGUGGGUUGAUGAUGCUUUCUGGAGAUUCCUUUUUUCUGUCAUUCUCCUAGUCAUAAUGUUCCUCUGGAGACCAUCAGCAAAUAAUCAGAGAUAUGCAUUUACUCCACUUAUUGAUGACCCAGAUGAUGAAAUGAAUGAAUUGGUUGGAACAAACUUUGCUGAUGGAAUAAAGGUUAACAUGUCCAAAGUGAGGAUUAAUGGUGCAGCAAAACCAGGUUCGAAUAUGGAUGAAGAUUUAAAGUGGGUAGAAGAGAACAUCCCUUCUGUUGCAGAUGUUGCACUCCCAAUGUUGCUGGAUUCAGAUGAAGAAAUAAUGACAACCAAAUAUGAAAUGUCAAAGAUGGAAUGAAGUUUUGUGCAAUGUGAGCCUGAGUUUACUGUGAAAUUCACUUUGACUCUGUGACUUCUGCAAUAUGUGGGGUCCAAGGACAAUAAAUGAAGAAACGUGCAAAUGACUUGAGCUGUUAAACAGGUUAUGAGAGAGAAAAAUGAAUGUUUGUUUACUUUGUAUGAAAUUUCACAUUCUAACUUUAUUUUUACACUUGUUUUUGAGGUAAAUAAAUGUACAAGUCCAUAUAGUAAAAUAUCUUAAUUAUGCACUGCAAACAGAUUUUGCUACAAGUCUCUUUCAAGUUAAAAAUCACACAACAACAGGUUUAUCUGGAAGCACUAGCUUUUGGAGCACCGUUCCUUCAUCAACCACCUGACUAUAACCUGGUGGUGUGAUUUUUAACUUUGUCCACUCCAGUCCAACACCAGCACCUCCCAAGUCGUCUAAAUUGAUAGGAGAACUCAAUUUUCUAUAAUUCAUCAUUUCUUCUUCCGUCUUGGAAUGAAAUGCUCCUCUGUGGGUUGCUAAUUUAGAAAUUUAUCCUUAAGACAUUAUUUCAUUAAGCUAGCCUACAUAAAUUGCAAGAAGUAUCUUGAAAUAUUCUGUUUGCAUUAAUUUAGAAGUCUUAAGUUCAUACCCACCUAUAAAGCUGGUGUCUGUUUCUGGCAGUAUUUACUCACAGCAUACUGUGUGAAUCACUGUCUUUUGUUUUGAAUAUGGAUACAAUGGAUGAAUAUUGCUAUAAGAACACUAGUAAAUAUAUUCUGUAAAUAAAAACAAAUGUUGUGCCCAUGCUAGAAGAAAAAUGGAUGUUAGGAAGCACCUGCAGAGUCAUGUUCUACAUUAUCUCAAUUGUACUUUGUUUUUAAAUAAUGAAAAUAUUGAUUUGUAAAUGUAUGGAUUAGUGAAGCAGAUCUGAGUGGACUAGUAAAAUGUAAAUUGACGUUGCUCAAACAUUAUUGUAAUACUGAAUUCAUCAGUCACCUAUUAGCAACACAAAACAAGUAGCCAGCUGAUCUGAGGCCUUCAAUCUUUGCCGUUGCUGCAGUAACAGCACUAGCUCUUGUCAAGGUUUGCUGUUUUGGUGCAGUCAAACAAAAUAAUUCAAAUUUAUUUUCUUCCUAUGCAAGAAAGCAUUGUCCUGCUUAGAUAGGCACAAUGCUGUUGUUCCUCUUUUCAGGUCCUCGAUCCAGCUGGCUUCCUGAUCACUGAAGAGGUGAGAAACCGGUAUCCCGGGUGCAAGUGAUCCUUUUCUUUUGGUCCACUCCUCCCUCUUCUCACUUUAUCUCUUUUUUUUACCUUAAUAAGCACUGCAGCUGAGAUCAGAACUUUGUUCGGUGGGCAGUUGCAAACCUGUCCUCCCACUAUGCUACGGCACAAUGUCACACCAUCAAGAUGUUGCUGAUAACAACUUUGUUAAUGUAUUUUAUUUAUUUUUUAAUUGCCUGCAUUUUGCCUAAUGAUGGCUGCAGUCCUUGUCUGUUUUAAAACUGUGCCCUGUGGAAGAAUUACCAGUGUUCAACCAAAAGGCACAAUUCUAUUUUUGCAUCAAUUUAAUUGUGAUAAUAGGAGGACCAUUUUAAAUAGCCUCUGCUGGGUACUAUGGAAAGUCUUUAAACUGGGAAAUUAUUUUGGAUAAUUCUGCAAGAUAUUUUUAUGUCAAACCACUAAAUAUGCAAAUAAAUGGUGACAUUAAUAACAAUCUAUGAAUGUUGUAAAUGAAGUCAAACAUUUGCUGCUGGAAUUUUGAAACAAGCAAGAAACUGAAACAAAAAUAGAAAAUGCUGAUAAUAUUCAGCACAUCCAGAAAUGUCUGGAGAGAGAAACCAAACUGAUGGUGGUGGGGUGGGGUGGGGGUGGUGGUGGGGGGGGAAGAGAGGUUGGGAGAAGGAAAUUGUUUGGUGGUGACUUAACACACCACCUCUACAGGCACAAUAACUUGCCAUAUUAAAAGCUAACAGGUGAGGUUUUGACCUAUUUCAGGCUUUGCCAGUGGCGUUUUGGACUAAAGUCCGCAGCCUAGUCCACUCUGGCAAACAGUUGUAUGACUGUUUGUUUUUCUUGUGGGGAGGAUGGUCUGUGAGCUACACUGUUGCACCCCAUGAUUGGUGCAUUGGCAGCCCCCAAUAUGGUCGGGAGAUCGCUACGUUUUUCACUUGCUGGGGAACCAGGUGAUCGAGUAGUUGGUGAGUUGGGUCUUUCACUGGUUAUUAACUGAUGACUUAUUGCUCCCCAGUUGAUCUUGUCACCCAGCACUUAAAUUGCUGAUGUGGCGAGAAGGGAGUGAGUUUCUGUCUAGGGCCAACUUUCUCCAUUGUAUGCCCUUGCUACUUUCCGUAUGGGAAAAUCACUCGCGUUCAUGUUUCAGUUUUUGACCUUUCUUCAGAAUUCUGAAAUGUUAACUCCAUCUCUGUCUUCGGAUGUUGACAGACCUGCUGAGUACUUUCACCAUCAUUUUGUUAUAAAUGCUGUGUUUCUUAAAGUUAGGUUUCAGGUGAUUGCACUUUCAUUGUUGCAAACGUUCCACAAAAAAGAUUUUUCUUUUGUUAAAGGAAAUGUGCAUUUUCACUGCUUUCUCUUAAUAGUCUUAACUUGUUUAAGAACAAAUUAUGCUUACAAAUUCUGUUUCUACUGAUUACAGUAUAACAUGAUUAACCACAAUUCCACAAAAGCAAUAACCUGUGAAAUCAUGGUUUGACUCUGUAUUUUCAAAAUUAAACAUCCCUAUCUCUGAAGAGAUUUCAAAAUAAUGUUUUUUUUACUUCAUUAAAUGUAAUACAAAAGCA